AUGGGCCAAUCUGACCCAUGCCAGUCUCUCCCGGGCCAAAUUUGUGGCCCCUUUGGCAGCCCACCAAGUCGAGGAUACCGGCCUGCUUCCCCGUGUUUUUCACGAGGAAGGAAACCACGGCUUCUUUGGUCGGGAGGAUUUCCCCGUGCGACACGAGCCGCGCGGCUCGUCUUCUCCGUCGCGAGGUCGCCCCAGUCGCGACGCCACCGCCGUCACCUAGGUGCUCCGGUCUCCGCCGACGAGCUCCGUCCAGAUCGAGACGGGGAAGCGCCCCGCAUCACGUUGAGACGCCUCCGCCUCGGCAUCCCGUCAACGCCGCCGCUCCCCAUCAUCCCAUCGUCUACCCCCCGGCACCCCGUCUCCUCCACACCGGCUUCACGUCGCCUGUGCCAUCUAGUCGACUCCCGACUUCUCAGGUUCAACUUGACUAGAGGCAGGCCAUAUCUCCGAAGAAGGGUUCUUGGUGUGGAAGAAGUAAAAGCAUGAUUUGAGAAGAAAAUUGUUUUUACUAGCUGGUUUCUCAUGUCACUCAAUUAUUUGUAUUAUUUUGGUAACCUGAAAUGUCUAGGCGUAGUUACUUGUCUUUUAUGGUGUCCAAUGUUGGGACUGAGUCCUGUUACUGCUGGUAUAGUUCAGUAGACCUACUUCAUCUUGUUUUAUUUUGGCAUGGUGAACUGAUGUUUAUUCUAGUGAAUUUUUGGUUGGAAUAGACCUUGUUUUAUUUUUGGUUUUGGUGGAACAAAUGCAUGUUUGAGACAAGUGAAGUGCGGUCAAAUUUUGUAAUGAUCGUUGGCAUUUCUGGCU